CUCUAUAACACUGAGGAUAAGGUUGCUUAUACUCUAUCUAUGUGGAUUAUGAGUCGACUCCAAAAAGAUCCAGAGCAGAGAGUCGACUCGUGGGCGAUCGGCACAUGAAGACAACAUGGCGGACAGGCUGACGCAGCUGCAGGACGCGGUGAACUCCUUGGCUGAUCAGUUCUGUAAUGCCAUCGGAGUGCUGCAGCAGUGCGCCCCGCCCGCCUCCUUCAGCAACAUCCAGACUGUCAUCAACAAGGACCAACCGUCAAACCCCACAGAAGAGUACGCUCAGCUUUUCGCCGCACUGAUCGCAAGAACGGCGAAAGAUGUCGACGUCUUGAUCGACUCUUUGCCCAGUGAGGAAUCCACAGCCGCCCUGCAGGCCGCUAGUCUGAGGCAGCUGGAGGAGGAGAACCAUGAAGCCGCAUCUCGUCUGGAGGAGGUGGUGUACAGAGGAGAUUUACUGCUGGAGAAGAUACAGAGCGCUCUGGCCGACAUCGCGCAAUCGCAACUACGCACACGCAGCGGGACGUCCAGCCAACCGGCUGCCCCUGAACCCUGAAUUGCAGCACUUAAAUGGAUACAGACAAAAUGAAGUUCACAACAGGGACGUUCCUGCUCCAUGUGUGAGAUCGCAGUAUGGAAACCACCACAUGGAUUAAUCUGAAUCUGAACUUUGAGGUGUUAAUGUCUUCUGGACGUUUUUUUUCCCAAGUUAAGUUGCAAGUGUUUUUUUUUUUUAAUAAUGUAUAUUCAGAAAUGUAAAAAAAGGUCACAAAUGGUGCAUUUUUGUUUUCAUAAAAUAAAAAAAAAUCGUUUGCAGAAUCGUUGUCCAAGCUUCGGAGUCUUAAAUACGAUGGAUAAGUGCUUGGAUUUCCUCCAAAAAUGGAUUUUAUUUUUCAGCUGUGUGGAAGUGCAGGUUUACCGCUACUUGGUUUGAAAAAGCGAAUUUAGCACUUGGUUUAGGAAAUUGCUAACAAGGUAUUUGUGUGUUUUUGAUGUCGUGAUGUAAACAAUACAUUUCAUACUUAAUGGUUUUAAAA